UUUUUCACUCUUUACUUCCGCUAAAGUCGAGUGUUUCUGGCUGAUUUUCUCAAAAAGAAACCCUAAUUCUGCUACUUCAUCUUCUCGGCUCUUCUCAAUUCGUCUACCUCUUUACCUAAUCAGAGGACACGCCCACUAAUCGCUCGCGAUAAAACGGUAAAAACACAUCAUGACGAGAGAAGAGAGUUCGAAAGUCACUCGAAGAAGCACUAGAUUCUCAUCUUCUUCUGUAACUGUUGAAAACCCUGAGCCCAAUCCCUCCCACCACCCACCAACCGUUUCUGAUCUCACAUUCGGAGAAGAAUCCAUCACUCUCGAUGCUCUCCUCUCCAACUUCCCAGGCAGACGCUCUCAGAUUCUCGACCUGGUUCGUCUCAUUGGCCCCUUGGACUCCCCUGCUCUUCCAGUAAUUGCAUACGGCGACGCCUCUACUGGCAAAACAAGUGUUGUUCUUCAGGUGUUCAGACAUCUCAAUCGCCCUUUCGUUUACUCGAGCUGCCGUACAUGUUGCACUCCCCGUAUCUUGUUUGAGUCCAUCCUGAAUCAGUUGCUGCUGCAUAGAAAGUGUUCAUCGAAUGGGUACGCUAGUGCGAAACGAUGUGAUAAGCCGUCUGAUUUCGUCAACUUGCUUCGCGAAGCGCUUAGUAAUGUGGUGGAAACACUCAAAUCUACUAAACUGGAGAGAAAAUCAUCCAUGGGGAAGAUGGUGUACUUGGUAGUUGAUCAUGUGGAUCUUAUCAAAGACUGGGACAAAGGGGCAAUGAUUCUGCAGUUUCUUUUCGGUUUGUAUUCGGUUUUGAAGAUGCCUCAACUUGGUAUCGUACUUAUCAGCGGGUUGUCACCAGAUGUGUAUUACUCAAACGUGGGAUACACUGACCCUCUACCUGUUUAUUUCCCUGAGUAUUCUGAAGAGGAACUUCGUCAGAUCUUCUUGAAGAAUCAAGUUAACAAGAAACUAUACUCAGCAUUUCUUGAUGUUGUACUGAGACCUCUCUGUAGGGUCACCAGGAGAGUUGAAGAACUCUCCACUACCUUCUCAUCAUUGUUCAGAAAGUAUUGUGAACCGCUUGAUGAUUUAGCGAUUUCACCAAAUGAAGAUCUGAAGAGAAGGCUGUAUAGCAAUCUUAAACCGCAUAUUACUUCCUGUCUAAAUGAGAUAUUCAGGGUCUCGAGCCGCCCUCAUGAUGGUGACACCAGAGGCGAGAGAAGGCAGAAAGCUAGCUACAGUUGUGAGAAAGGUGAACAACUUGAGAUGUUGGACUUCCAUAUGUCUACUUCAGCAAAGUACCUCCUCAUUGCAGCGUUUCUUGCUUCAAGAAACCCAGCAACGCUAGAUGCCUCCAUGUUUGACUCCACAGGGGGCAUGGAUAAUCGUAAAAGAAAGCGCAAGGCCUCUGAGAAGUCGAUGGAGAAGAAGGAAAUGGCAGAGCAGGAAGCAGUGAUGAAAGGUCCUGGAAGCUUUCCACUGGAGAGACUGUUGGCGAUAUUCCAGUGCAUUGCCUCUGUAGGAGAUUCUUCAUUUGGCGAUGAUGCUGAAGAAGAAGGAGAAGAAGAAGCUACUGGUUAUGACAAGGAGAGUAACAAUAUGAUGUCUGAUAUUCUGCUUCAAGUGUCGAGUCUUUGUGAUGCAAACUUCAUAAUCAAAAGCGGAAGCUGUCCAUUAGAAGGCUCUAUUAGGUACCGUUCCAUGGUGUCUGAAGAUCUGUCUCUGAAGGUUGCGAGAAGCCUCAGCUUUCCACUGUCCAAGUACCUGUACAGAAGAUAAUAUGUUGGAGAGGAUGGUCUAUAUUCCUGGAGAAGACACCAUGUGGAGGCCAUGCAUCUUCCUAAGCUUAAACCCUGUGUAGGCAAGAUCCUCUUGAUUUUCGGUAUGGGAAUUUAUUUUAUAAUACAAAUUUAUUAAGAAAUAAUUAAGAAUGUGGUCCAAAAUUUUUUUUUAUUAUUAUUCUAGACGAGAUAAGUAAUUAUUAAAUCAGUAAUUGUAUUUUUUUCUAAUUUCUCAUUGAAACUGAAGGUAACACCAUUCACGGAUGGGCGUUGAUUGGAUUAUUAAUUUUGAUUGAAAACCA